GCGGCCCCAUGCGUCAUGCGCCAGGCCUGCGAGUUCGACUACUCCGGCACGGCGCGCAAGGCUCUCCGCGACGAGGGCUACGAGGUCGUCCUCGUCAACUCCAACCCCGCCACCAUCAUGACCGACGCCCAACCUGGCCACCGUACCUACGUGGGCCCCAUGACCCCUGAAAUCCUCGAGGAGAUCAUCUCCACCGAGCGCCCCGACGCUCUGCUCCCUACGAUGGGCGGGCAGACCGCGCUCAAUCUCGCUGUGGCGCUUUCGGAGUCUGGAGCUCUCGGUAAGUACAAUGUCGAGCUUAUUGGGGCGAAGCUCGAUGCGAUUAAGAAAGCGGAGGACCGUGAUUUGUUCAAGAAGGCGAUGGCGGCGAUUGGGCUGAAGACGCCGCCUUCGGGGAUUGGGAAUACGAUGGAGGAGUGCUCGGUGAUUGCGGAUGAAAUUGGGGGCUUUCCUUUGAUUAUUCGGCCGGCGUUUACUUUGGGAGGGACUGGUGGUGGGAUUGCUUAUAAUAAGGAUGAGUUUGAGGAGAUUUGUCAGAAGGGACUUGCUGCUAGCUUGACUUCUCAGGUUCUGGUUGAAAAAUCGCUUCUUGGGUGGAAAGAGUAUGAACUUGAGGUGAUGAGGGAUCUUGCUGACAAUGCAGUCAUCAUUUGUUCGAUUGAGAAUAUUGAUCCGAUGGGAGUGCAUACAGGGGACUCUAUUACUGUGGCUCCGGCUCAGACUCUUACUGAUAAGGAGUACCAGAGAUUGAGGGACUAUUCAAUUGCUAUUAUUAGGGAGAUUGGGGUGGAGUGUGGAGGCUCUAAUGUGCAGUUUGCGGUGAAUCCUGAGGAUGGAGAGGUGAUGGUGAUUGAAAUGAAUCCUAGAGUGUCGAGAUCAUCAGCUCUUGCUUCGAAGGCAACAGGUUUUCCUAUUGCAAAGAUAGCUGCAAAGCUGUCAGUUGGUUAUACCCUGGAUCAGAUUCCAAAUGAUAUCACUAAGAAGACACCAGCUAGUUUUGAGCCUUCGAUAGAUUAUGUGGUGACAAAGAUUCCACGAUUUGCUUUUGAAAAAUUCCCAGGUUCGGAACCAAUAUUGACUACUCAAAUGAAGUCUGUUGGUGAAGCAAUGGCCUUGGGAAGAACUUUCCAAGAAUCUUUUCAGAAAGCUGUUCGGUCUCUUGAAUGUGGUUAUGCUGGAUGGGGUUGUGCACCUAUUAAGGAGCUUGAUUUGGAGUGGGAAAAGUUAAAGUACAGUUUGAGAACUCCCAAUCCAGAGCGCAUUCAUGCAAUAUAUGCAGCUAUGAAGAGAGGAAUGAAAGUGGAAGAAAUACAUGAACUGAGUUACAUCGACAAAUGGUUCCUAACUGAAUUGAAAGAGCUGCUAGAGGUCGAACAAUUCCUUGUGGCGAGGAAUCUAGACCAGCUUACAAAAGAAGAUAUGUAUGAAGUGAAGAGAAGGGGCUUUAGUGAUAAACAGAUUGCUUAUGCGACAUCUUCAUCUGAGGAACAUGUGAGGUCAAAGCGAUUGUCACUCGGUGUGAGUCCGGCAUAUAAGAGAGUUGAUACUUGUGCUGCAGAGUUUGAGGCUAAUACUCCUUACAUGUACUCAUCUUAUGAUUUUGAAUGUGAAUCAGCUCCUACUCAAAAGAAAAAGGUGCUAAUCUUGGGUGGUGGACCUAACCGAAUUGGUCAGGGUAUUGAGUUUGAUUACUGCUGCUGCCAUGCUUCUUUUGCCCUUCGGCAGAAUGGAUAUGAAACAAUCAUGAUGAACUCAAACCCAGAGACAGUAUCUACAGACUAUGACACUAGUGAUCGUUUGUACUUUGAACCUCUAACAAUUGAGGAUGUCUCAAAUGUUAUCGACCUGGAGAAGCCUGACGGCAUUAUUGUGCAAUUUGGAGGGCAAACUCCUCUUAAGCUUGCACUUCCUCUACAGCGUUAUCUUGAAGAGAAAAAGUUUGUUUCUGCCAGUGGAACAGGGCAUGUACAAGUUUGGGGAACAUCACCUGAUUCUAUUGAUGCAGCCGAGGAUAGAGAGAGGUUCAACAUGAUCCUAAACGAGCUUCAUAUUGAGCAACCCAAAGGUGGCAUAGCAAAGAGUGAAUCUGAUGCUAAGGCAAUUGCUACGAGUAUUGGCUACCCUGUGGUAGUCCGGCCUUCUUAUGUUUUGGGAGGACGGGCAAUGGAGAUAGUCUACAACGAUGACAAACUCAUCUCCUAUCUUGAAAAUGCAGUUGAAGUUGAUCCAGAGCGCCCAGUUUUGGUUGAUAAGUACCUUUCUGAUGCCAUUGAAAUUGAUGUUGAUGCGCUCGCUGAUUCUUAUGGGAAUGUAGUAAUUGGGGGGAUCAUGGAGCACAUAGAGCAAGCCGGGGUGCAUUCAGGUGAUUCUGCUUGUUCGCUUCCCACAAAAACUGUGUCUGCUAAAUGCUUGGAUACGAUUCGAUCGUGGACCUUGAAGCUAGCUAAGAGACUCAAUGUCUGUGGACUUAUGAAUUGCCAGUAUGCGAUCACAGUCUCUGGUGAUGUUUACCUUCUAGAGGCAAACCCUCGUGCUUCAAGAACUGUGCCUUUUGUUUCCAAAGCCAUUGGACAUCCCCUAGCAAAAUAUGCAUCUUUAGUCAUGUCAGGAAAAAGCUUGUUUGAUCUAGGAUUCACAGCUGAGGUGAUUCCAAAACAUGUCUCGGUGAAGGAAGCAGUCCUUCCCUUUGAGAAAUUCCAAGGGUGUGAUAUUCUUCUUGGGCCAGAGAUGAGAAGCACUGGAGAGGUCAUGGGGAUUGAUUAUGAAUUCCCUGUUGCUUUUGCUAAGGCCCAGAUUGCUGCUGGCCAAAAGCUUCCAGUGAGUGGAACAGUGUUCUUGAGCCUAAAUGACCUCACAAAGCCACAUCUUGCUUCAAUUGCUCGAGGGUUUCAAGAACUAGGGUUUCGAAUAGUUGCCACAUCGGGGACAGCGAGAGUUCUUGAGUUGGAGGGCAUACCAGUGGAGAGGGUUCUGAAGCUUCAUGAAGGGCGGCCCCACGCAGGGGAUAUGGUAUCGAAUGGUGAGAUCCAAGUUAUGGUGAUCACGAGCUCAGGUGAUGCGUUGGAUUCUGAAGAUGGAAGAAAACUGAGAAGAAUGGCUUUGGGCUAUAAACUCCCAAUUAUAACUACAGUUGCUGGGGCAUUAGCGAGCGUGCAGGCUAUUAGGAGUCUGAAGCACAACACUAUGAAGAUGUUAGCUUUGCAGGAUUUCUUUCAUGUUUCAGGGGAGCAACCGAACUUGCAGAAAGCAUCCUCUACUGUUUAAUUUGGUAGUUGCUUUUUAACUGAAGGUUUUGUUGAAUUGGGUAUUUGAGGAUGAGAUUUGCUGCGGAUAUGGCAAAGGCGAGAAUUAUUAUGUUAUCGUAUUUGUUUAAUUGGUGGUGUGAGUUUGAAAACUAGCUGGAAAUUUGCCACAUUUCUCCUCCUGAAGGGUCACUUAAUGUGAAAUUUACAAUAAUUUUUCAUUCAGAAGGGGGGAAAAAAAAGAAAAGAAAGGAUUAAGGAAUGCCCCGGUCAAGUUAUUGUUGCAUCGAACUGUCAUUGUUUCAUAAAAGUUCGAAGAAAAAUGCAUGGUCUUCUGUUUUAGUGAAACAAACUAGAACAUUGGGUGUCUAGGCAAUUUGCCAGUAAGGCAGUUAGUAGUUACCUAUUUGUAAUUGAUUGCAUUGGUUUUUAUGGCAAGUGAAUCUUUUGAUGUGCAACAUAUAGCACGCAGAAACUUUACACCUGAAUAAAUAUAUCGAGGUGAAUAAAUAAAAGAAGGUGGGGAACGUUUGUCAUUUUGUUUGUGUGUA